AUGCGGUUUACAGAUAACUUCCUCUUCACCUUUAUCAUCCCCAUACUGCCGGAGAUUCUCGGACAGCGUCUCCAGCAACCCGCAUCGCGCAUCCAGGCGCUCACAUCCAUCAUUCUGUCCAUGAAUGCGCUAGUGUCGAUUGUACUCGCACCCUUGACCGGAUACCUAGCGGAUAAACUGUCCUCACGCAACAGGUGUCUGGUUGUAGCGUGGGUGGUGAAUAUGCUUGGGACGGCUGUUACGGCUUCGGCUACGACAUUGCCAGUUCUCAUCGUCGGGCGCCUCAUCCAGACUCUGGCAGGCUCUGUGAUCUGGAUAGUCGGCAUGGCGAUGCUCGCCAACGCCGCCGGGGCGAAACACCUAGGCCAAGCUUUUGGCGUGGCAGUCCUGCUGGUAUCCGCAGGCCUUCUGACCGGCCCAGCGGUGUCGGCCGCGCUGUACAAAUUCGUCUCGUACCCUGUCAUGUGGUCGAGUGCGUUCAUCGUGCUUCUGACCGGCUUGGCCCUACAAUUGCUUGUCAUCGAGCCGCAGCAGGACGAGGAGAACACAGCCUCCACGACCAAAAUACAAAGCACGACGAACGAUGAGGAACAAGAGAUCCACGAUGCCAACGAUCCGCUCCUCCCAGGUAGCACACCAGGAGAGACCGACACUCGCACUUACUACUCCACCGCCGCCACCACCACCACCGAAACACGCUCCCCUCCAGCCACAGCAGACCGCAACAAGGAAGCCAAUAUCUACUGGCUCAUCCUCCGCAGGAAACGCGUUGCCGCCGGCCUCCUCGGCGAUACCCUCCUCGCCAUUAUCAUCGCAAGCUUCGAGGCGACGAUCCCGCUGCACAUUCGGAAAGUGUUCGGUUGGGACAGCUUCCACGCGGGGAUGCUGUUUCUUUUGCUGCAAGCUCCGACGUUGAUACUUGUCGUGCCAGUCGGCUGGCUCAAGGAUAGAUUUGGCAUGCGGUAUCCGGUUUCGCUGGGGUUCGUUCUGCUGGCGCCGUCGCUUGUGCUGCUGGGUAUGCCGGGCGAAUGUGGGUUGAAAGGGGAGAGUGGUUCCGUAGUCUACCUUGUGACAUUGAUCGCAAUUGGAGUGUGGAGGACGUUGAUUCUGGGGUAUGGUGGGGUUGAGGUUUUGAACGGCGCCAAUGAGCUCGCAGAGGAGAAACCAGGUAUCUUUGGCUCAAACCGCGGAUACUCGCGCACCUUCUCCAUGUCCAACAUCACCUGGAAGGGCGGCAUGUUCAUCGGUCCCUUGGUCUCGGGCGCUUUGACCGAGACAGUAGGGUAUUUCUACAUGAAUUCAAUUCUUGGUACGUCCCACUACUUGAGCUCCUCGCUCAGCGCAUGA